AUGGCGCGCGUGCUCUCCUCCCGGGCAGCAGCGGUCCUAGCGCGCCGCCUCGGGGCCCAGCCCCAGCCCGGCGUGGUUCUGAGCCGCCGGCACAACCACACUCGCCGGCCUGCGGCGGGGGUUCUUGAAGAGGACGCCGCGGGGCCCUCUGCACCUGCGGCGGACGCCUCCGCGCUGUCCCGGCGGUUGGAGGAGGCGAUCGACAGCGCCAUGGCGCGGGCGGCCGAGCCCGACUGGGCGCCCUUCCGGCCCGGGACAUCCUACUUCGUGCCGCCCCGGCCCGCCGGCGUGGCCCAGGGGAUUCUCGCGCUUAUUGGCCACGGUGGUGGGCACAUCGGCUCCUCGGCAUCGCCGAGGCGGGGGCUCUCCACCGACGAGGCCCGCGCCGUCGUCGCCGACUCCCGCGGGUACCCAUGCUCGACCUACUUCAUCAAAGGUCACUUUCGAUAUGAAGUGGAGAGCCCAAAUACGGAUGCCAAUCAAGCUCAAGAGGAAUGA